UUUUUUGUCACUUCGUUUAUAUCAGUCAAAUACAUUUUUGUCUAAAAUUUAUUUGGGUGUUUGUUAAAUAAUUAUAUAUUUGUAGGCAUUUAUGUUUAAUAUAUUUAUUUAUAAUUAGUGAAAAUGGUUCACGACUACUUCGAUAAACAUAUAUUUCUUUGCGAGAUGUAUAAUGAAGAUACUGAUCAAAUACAGAAGUUAGUAUUGAAUUUCUUUCCAUUUGAUAAUUCUAUUCAAGUAAUAGAUCCAGACAAAGGAAAAUUCUUAUUACGAAGACAACAGUUACCCUCACUUAAUUUGAACAUGUUACAAGUUGGUAAUGUUAUAAAUGUUUUUGCCAAACUGCUCCUUAUAACUGAUAGCGCUCCUAUAACACGAAGAUUAUUAUUCAAAGGAGUUCAAAGCACAUUUGCACUAAUAAAGCCUUCGCCGCCAAGCAUUCAUGGAAGCGUAAUAACAUUUAUAAUUCAAAAAGGAUUUCGAAUCGUUAAUAUGAAAAAUGGUACGAUUGAUAAGGAUCAUGCCAUAACAUUAUAUAGAAGUAUAUCUAGCAGUAACAUGCUUCCUCUCAUAAUUGAUUAUAUAACUAGUGGUGAAGUGAUUGGUCUUGAAUUAGUUGCUCCAAAUGCUGUAGCUAAAUGGCGUAGUUGUUUAGGAGCUACUAAUCCAAAGGACGCAGAACCUGGUACGUUGAGAAAGCUGUAUGGGCACGAUAUGUUGAGAAAUGUUGCUCAUGGUUGUAACGAUAUAGAUGAUGCAAUAGAAAACUUGGAGCUAUUUUUUGGAUACCAAGGAAAAGUCCCAAGAGUACCAUUUAGAGCUACGUUCAAAGAUUGUACAUGUUGCGUGAUUAAGCCUCACGCUAUCAUUGAUGGUAAUAUUGGAUCGAUAAUAGAAAUAAUUGCUACUUCUGAGAAAUUUUAUAUUUCUGCAAUGGCAAUGUUUUCGGUGAAGCAAGCUAACGCCGAAGAGUUUUUUGAAGUGUAUAAAGGAGUUUUACCAGAAUUCGAAGAUAUGUGUAUUCAUUUGACCGAAGGAAAAUGUGUUGCUAUGGAAGUCAAAUGUACUGAUCCCAGUCUUAAUUGCGUUUGUGCAUUUAGAAAACUGUGUGGUCCAAGAGAUCCUGAUUUAUGUCGCCAAAUAUACCCUGAUAGUAUCAGAGCAAGAUACGGUAAAACUAUUUUGCAUAACGCAGUCCACUGCACGGACCUUGCAGAAGAUGGUGUUAAAGAAGUUGAAUAUUUCUUCAAACUAAUGUCUAAUGAUCAAUUUUAGUUUUCUAUUUAAUUU